AUGGAUUCUUCAAAACAGUUAGAAACGGACUCUUUGGAGUAUUGGAAAGAUCAAGCAAAACACUACGAGCAGAAGGCAAGAGAUAUACAACAAGAAUUAGACGAAUACACGGAAAAUUCAGCUCAACUAGAAAAGGAAUUAGAAGCAUCUUUAGAGCAAGUUGAAAAACAAAAUAGAGAUCUAGAACAUCAAAAUCAACGUCUGAAGAACGACAUUGACACGCUCAAGACGAAACUCGAUAGAAGUCAACAUGAAACAAAUGCCCUAGAAAAUGAGUUACAGGCACUCAAAAUAGAAAAAGAAAAACAGGCAGUAUAUGUUAGAGAAUUAGAGCAAAAAAAUGAUGAUUUAGAAAGAGGACAAAGAAUCAUAUCAGAGUCAGUAUCAUGCAUAGAGACCUUAUUAAAUCAAGCAUAUGAACGCAAUGCAGUCUUAGAAAGUGAGGUGGAUGAAAUGGAAAAUUUAAGGAUAAAGUUACAAAGAGCAACUGAUGAAGCUAGAGAUCUGAAACAAGAAUUAAAGGUGGUAGAAAAGAUUCCUAUUUUGAAAAAGGAAGACGGCAGUACAAACGAAAGUUUAUGUAAUGGUCAUUCAACACGAACACAAGUAGAAAUAGAAACACAAACCUCUUUAUCAUCCCCCGCAAGACGAGAAAUUAAUGGCAAUGCAAUGACUCCUUCUUCUCGGGUGACUGCCAUAAAUAUAGUUGGUGAUCUCCUUCGGAGAGUAGGGCUUGAAAGAUUUCUUUGCCGUGAAUGUGGUAAGGUCAAAUGUUCGUGUGGCCAAAACAACGACGACCAGCAAGAUCUCAGCCACCCAACUUUGGAUGUAAAUAGCCAAAGGAACGAUAAGGAUAGCAAAGAUAACGAUAUCAGCGACUCCGUAGAGUAUCGCAAACCGACAGAGUUUAGCCGUCAAUGUUCAAGAUCUGAACAAUCCAAUAGUUAUACCCCAAAGCCCUUGUCCCGUCCCGUUCAAACGUCUGACCAACCCUUUCAAAGGUCUGUCCCAAAUGAAAACGGCAAACUGAGACGGUCAUUUAUAGUGAGAUCGAGGGAGGGACUAGAAAACUUCCUUAACUUCACUUCCACUAGGAAAGGACAGGAACAAGGCAAAGGGAAAGAAAUGUUACGACAGCAAUUU